UCAGUUGGGUGGUUGUUUACUAUCGCAGAAAUCCAGUUACCUGCGUACCCGUUCAUUCCUGUUUGAUAAUGGCCACUACGAUCAGUACGCAGCGUGGGCAGGUGUACAUCGGGGAGCUGCCCCAGGACUUCCUGCGCAUCACCCCCACGCAGCAGCAGCAGCAGGUGCAGCUGGACGCCCAGGCAGCCCAGCAGCUGCAGUACACCGGCUCCAUCGGCACCGUGGGACGCCUCAGCAUCACCGUAGUGCAGGCUAAGCUUGCAAAGAACUACGGGAUGACGCGGAUGGACCCCUACUGCAGAAUCAGGCUGGGCUACGCCGUGUACGAGACGCCCACAGCACACAAUGGGGCCAAGAACCCGCGCUGGAACAAAGUCAUCCAGUGCACCGUUCCUCCAGGGGUCGACUCCUUCUACCUAGAGAUAUUUGACGAGCGGGCAUUCUCCAUGGACGACCGUAUCGCAUGGACGCACGUGACCAUCCCCGAGGGCCUGAGAGAGGGCAGUGUGGUGGACGAGUGGUACAGCCUGAGUGGCAGGCAGGGAGACGACAAGGAGGGCAUGAUCAACCUCGUCAUGUCAUUCGCU